UUGUUAAAUAAGGGUGGCACUAUUGGAAGCAACCGCCCACUGGAUAGGAACCAGUCGUUAGUAAAGCUACGUGGUGGCGCAGCAAAAUUGUUAAAUAAGGGUGGCACUAUUGCAAGCAACCGCCCACUGGAUAGGAACCAGUCGUUAGUAAAGCCACGUGGUGGCGCAGCAAAAUUGUUAAAUAAGGGUGGCACUAUUGGAAGCAACCGCCCACUGGAUAGGAACCAGUCGUUAGUAAAGCUACGUGGUGGCGCAGCAAAAUUGUUAAAUAAGGGUGGCACUAAUGGAAGCAACCGCCCACUGGAUAGGAACCAGUCGUUAGUAAAGCUACGUGGUGGCGCAGCAAAAUUGUUAAAUAAGGGUGGCACUAUUGGAAGCAACCGCCCACUGGAUAGGAACCAGUCGUUAGUAAAGCCACGUGGUGGCACAGCAAAAUUGUUAAAUAAGGGUGGCACUAUUGGAAGCAACCGCCCACUGGAUAGGAACCAGUCGUUAGUAAAGUCACGUGGUGGCGCAGCAAAAUUGCUAAAUAAGGGUGGCACUAUUGGAAGCAACCGCCCACUGGAUAGGAACCAGUCGUUAGUAAAGCCACGUGGUGGCGCAGCAAAAUUGUUAAAUAAGGGUGGCACUAUUGGAAGCAACCGCCCACUGGAUAGGAACCAUUCGUUAGUAAAGUCACGUGGUGGCGCAGCAAAAUCGUUAAAUAAGGGUGGCACUAUUGGAAGCAACCACCCACUGGAUAGGAACCAGUCGUUAGUAAAGCCACGUGGUGGCGCAGCAAAAUUGUUAAAUAAGGGUAGCACUAUUGGAGGCAACCGUCCACUGGAUAGGAACCAGUCGUUAGUAAAGCCACGUGGUGGCGCAGCAAAAUUGUUAAAUAAGGGUGGCACUAUUGGAAGCAACCGCCCACUGGAUAGGAACCAGUCGUUAGUAAAGCCACGUGGUGGCGCAGCAAAAUUGUUAAAUAAGGGUGGCACUAAUGGAAGCAACCGCCCACUGGAUAGGAACCAGUCGUUAGUAAAGCCACGUGGUGGCGCAGCAAAAUUGUUAAAUAAGGGUGGCACUAUUGGAAGCAACCGCCCACUGGAUAGGAACCAGUCGUUAGUAAAACUACGUGGUGGCGCAGCAAAAUUGUUAAAUAAGGGUGGCACUAUUGGAAGCAACCGCCCACUGGAUAGGAACCAGUCGUUAGUAAAGCCACGUGGUGGCGCAGCAAAAUUGUUAAAUAAGGGUGGCACUAUUGGAAGCAACCGCCCACUGGAUAGGAACCAGUCGUUAGUAAAGCCACGUGGUGGCGCAGCAAAAUUGUUAAAUAAGGGUGGCACUAUUGGAAGCAACCGCCCACUGGAUAGGAACCAGUCGUUAGUAAAGCCACGUGGUGGCGCAGCAAAAUUGUUAAAUAAGGGUGGCACUAUUGGAAGCAACCGCUCACUGGAUAGGAACCAGUCGUUAGUAAAGUCACGUGGUGGCGCAGCAAAAUUGUUAAAUAAGGGUGGCACUAUUGGAAGCAACCGCCCACUGGAUAGGAACAAGUCGUUAGUAAAGUCACGUGGUGGCGCAGCAAAAUUGCUAAAUAAGGGUGGCACUAUUGGAAGCAACCGCCCACUGGAUAGGAACCAGUCGUUAGAAAAGUCACGUGGUGGCGCAGCAAAAUUGUUAAAUAAGGGUGGCACUAUUGGAAGCAACCGCCCACUGGAUAGGAACCAGUCGUUAGUAAAGCCACGUGGUGGCGCAGCAAAAUUGUUAAAUAAGGGUGGCACUAUUGGAAGCAACCGCCCACUGGAUAGGAACCAGUCGUUAGUAAAGCCACGUGGUGGCGCAGCAAAAUUGUUAAAUAAGGGUGGCACUAUUGGAAGCAACCGCCCACUGGAUAGGAACCAGUCGUUAGUAAAGCCACGUGGUGGCGCAGCAAAAUUGUUAAAUAAGAGUGGCACAAUUGGAAGCAACCGCCCAAUGGAUAGGAACCAGUCGUUAGUAAAGCCACGUGGUGGCGCAGCAAAAUUGUUAAAUAAGGGUGGCACUAUUGGAAGCAACCGCCCACUGGAUAGGAACCAGUCGUUAGUAAAGCCACGUGGUGGCGCAGCAAGAUUGUUAAAUAAGGGUGGCACUAUUGGAAGCAACCGCCCACUGGAUAGGAACCAGUCGUUAGUAAAGCCACGUGGUGGCGCAGCAAAAUUGUUAAAUAAGGGUGGCACUAAUGGAAGCAACCGCCCACUGGAUAGGAACCAGUCGUUAGUAAAGCCACGUGGUGGCGCAGCAAAAUUGUUUAAUAAGGGUGGCACUAAUGGAAGCAACCGCCCACUGGAUAGGAACCAGUCGUUGGUAAAGCCACGUGGUGGCGCAGCAAAAUUGUUAAAUAAGGGUGGCACUAUUGAAGCAACCGCCCACUGGAUAGGAACCACAAAAUUGCUAAAUAAGGGUGGCACUAUUGGAAGCAACCGCCCACUGGAUAGGAACCAGUCGUUAGUAAAGUCACGUGGUGGCGCAGCAAAAUUGUUAAAUAAGGGUGGCACUAUUGGAAGCAACCGCCCACUGGAUAGGAACCAGUCGUUAGUAAAGCCACGUGGUGGCGCAGCAAAAUUGCUAAAUAAGGGUGGCACUAUUGGAAGCAACCGCCCACUGGAUAGGAACCAGUCGUUAGUAAAGCUACGUGGUGGCGCAGCAAAAUUGUUAAAUAAUGGUGGCACUAUUGGUAGCAACCGCCCACUGGAUAGGAACCAGUCGUUAGUAAAGCUACGUGGUGGCGCAGCAAAAUUGUUAAAUAAGGGUGGCACUAUUGGAAGCAACCGCCCACUGGAUAGGAACCAGUCGUUAGUAAAGCCACGUGGUGGCGCAGCAAAAUUGUUAAAUAAGGGUGGCACUAUUGGAAGCAACCGCCCAAUGGAUAGGAACCAGUCGUUAGUAAAGCUACGUGGUGGCGCAGCAAAAUUGUUAAAUAAGGGUGGCACUAAUGGAAGCAACCGCCCACUGGAUAGGAACCAGUCGUUAGUAAAGCCACGUGGUGGCGCAGCAAAAUUGUUAAAUAAGGGUGGCACUAUUGGAAGCAACCGCCCACUGGAUAGGAACCAGUCGUUAGUAAAGCCACGUGGUGGCGCAGCAAAAUUGUUAAAUAAGGGUGGCACUAUUGGAAGCAACCGCCCACUGGAUAGGAACCAGUCGUUAGUAAAGCCACGUGGUGGCGCAGCAAAAUUGUUAAAUAAGGGUGGCACUAUUGGAAGCAACCGCCCACUGGAUAGGAACCAGUCGUUAGUAAAGCCACGUGGUGGCGCAGCAAAAUUGUUAAAUAAGGGUGGCACUAUUGGAAGCAACCGCCCACUGGAUAGGAACCAGUCGUUAGUAAAGCCACGUGGUGGCGCAGCAAAAUUGUUAAAUAAGGGUGGCACUAUUGGAAGCAACCGCCCACUGGAUAGGAACCAGUCGUUAGUAAAGCCACGUGGUGGCGCAGCAAAAUUGUUAAAUAAGGGUGGCACUAUUGGAAGCAACCGCCCGCUGGAUAGGAACCAGUCGUUAGUAAAGCCACGUGGUUGCGCAGCAAAAUUGUUAAAUAAGGGUGGCACUAUUGGAAGCAACCGCCCACUGGAUAGGAACCAGUCGUUAGUAAAGCCACGUGGUGGCGCAGCAAAAUUGUUAAAUAAGGGUGGCACUAAUGGAAGCAACCGCCCACUGGAUAGGAACCAGUCGUUAGUAAAGCCACGUGGUGGCGCAGCAAAAUUGUUAAAUAAGGGUGGCACUAAUGGAAGCAACCGCCCACUGGAUAGGAACCAGUCGUUAGUAAAGCCACGUGGUGGCGCAGCAAAAUUGUUAAAUAAGGGUGGCACUAUUGGAAGCAACCGCCCACUGGAUAGGAACCAGUCGUUAGUGAAGCCACGUGGUGGCGCAGCAAAAUUGUUAAAUAAGGGUGGCACUAUUGGAAGCAACCGCCCACUGGAUAGGAACAAGUCGUUAGUAAAGUCACGUGGUGGCGCAGCAAAAUUGCUAAAUAAGGGUGGCACUAUUGGAAGCAACCGCCCACUGGAUAGGAACCAGUCGUUAGUAAAGUCACGUAGUGGCGCAGCAAAAUUGUUAAAUAAGGGUGGCACUAUUGGAAGCAACCGCCCACUGGAUAGGAACCAGUCGUUAGUAAAGCCACGUGGUGGCGCAGCAAAAUUGUUAAAUAAGGGUGGCACUAUUGGAAGCAACCGCCCACUGGAUAGGAACCAGUCGUUAGUAAAGUCACGUGGUGGCGCAGCAAAAUUGUUAAAUAAGGGUGGCACUAUUGGAAGCAACCGCCCACUGGAUAGGAACCAGUCGUUAGUAAAGCCACGUGGUGGCGCAGCAAAAUUGUUAAAUAAGGGUGGCACUAUUGGAAGCAACCGCCCACUGGAUAGGAACCAGUCGUUAGUAAAGCCACGUGGUGGCGCAGCAAAAUUGUUAAAUAAGGGUGGCACUAUUGGAAGCAACCGCCCACUGGAUAGGAACCAGUCGUUAGUAAAGCCACGUGGUGGCGCAGCAAAAUUGUUAAAUAAGGGUGGCACUAUUGGAAGCAACCGCUCACUGGAUAGGAACCAGUCGUUAGUAAAGUCACGUGGUGGCGCAGCAAAAUUGUUAAAUAAGGGUGGCACUAUUGGAAGCAACCGCCCACUGGAUAGGAACAAGUCGUUAGUAAAGUCACGUGGUGGCGCAGCAAAAUUGUUAAAUAAGGGUGGCACUAUUGGAAGCAACCGCCCACUGGAUAGGAACCAGUCGUUAGAAAAGUCACGUGGUGGCGCAGCAAAAUUGUUAAAUAAGGGUGGCACUAUUGGAAGCAACCGCCCACUGGAUAGGAACCAGUCGUUAGUAAAGCCACGUGGUGGCGCAGCAAAAUUGUUAAAUAAGGGUGGCACUAUUGGAAGCAACCGCCCACUGGAUAGGAACCAGUCGUUAGUAAAGCCACGUGGUGGCGCAGCAAAAUUGUUAAAUAAGGGUGGCACUAUUGGAAGCAACCGCCCACUGGAUAGGAACCAGUCGUUAGUAAAGCCACGUGGUGGCGCAGCAAAAUUGUUAAAUAAGGGUGGCACUAUUGGAAGCAACCGCCCACUGGAUAGGAACCAGUCGUUAGUAAAGCCACGUGGUGGCGCAGCAAAAUUGUUAAAUAAGGGUGGCACUAUUGGAAGCAACCGCCCACUGGAUAGGAACCAGUCGUUAGUAAAGCCACGUGGUGGCGCAGCAAAAUUGUUAAAUAAGGGUGGCACUAUUGGAAGCAACCGCCCACUGGAUAGGAACCAGUCGUUAGUAAAGCCACGUGGUGGCGCAGCAAAAUUGUUAAAUAAGGGUGGCACUAAUGGAAGCAACCGCCCACUGGAUAGGAACCAGUCGUUAGUAAAGCCACGUGGUGGCGCAGCAAAAUUGUUAAAUAAGGGUGGCACUAAUGGAAGCAACCGCACACUGGAUAGGAACGAGUCGUUAGUAAAGCCACGUGGUGGCGCAGCAAAAUUGUUAAAUAAGGGUGGCACUAUUGGAAGCAACCGCCCACUGGAUAGGAACCAGUCGUUAGUAAAGUCACGUGGUGGCGCAGCAAAAUUGUUAAAUAAGGGUGGCACUAUUGGAAGCAACCGCCCACUGGAUAGGAACCAGUCGUUAGUAAAGUCACGUGGUGGCGCAGCAAAAUUGCUAAAUAAGGGUGGCACUAUUGGAAGCAACCGCCCACUGGAUAGGAACCAGUCGUUAGUAAAGUCACGUGGUGGCGCAGCAAAAUUGUUAAAUAAGGGUGGCACUAUUGGAAGCAACCGCCCACUGGAUAGGAACCAGUCGUUAGUAAAGCCACGUGGUGGCGCAGCAAAAUUGUUAAAUAAGGGUGGCACUAUUGGAAGCAACCGCCCACUGGAUAGGAACCAGUCGUUAGUAAAGCCACGUGGUGGCGCAGCAAAAUUGUUAAAUAAGGGUGGCACUAUUGGAAGCAACCGCCCACUGGAUAGGAACCAGUCGUUAGUAAAGCCACGUGGUGGCGCAGCAAAAUUGUUAAAUAAGGGUGGCACUAUUGGAAGCAACCGCCCACUGGAUAGGAACCAGUCGUUAGUAAAGCCACGUGGUGGCGCAGCAAAAUUAUUAAAUAAGGGUGGCACUAUUGGAAGCAACCGCCCACUGGAUAGGAACCAGUCGUUAGUAAAGCCACGUGGUGGCGCAGCAAAAUUGUUAAAUAAGGGUGGCACUAUUGGAAGCAACCGCCCACUGGAUAGGAACCAGUCGUUAGUAAAGCCACGUGGUGGCGCAGCAAAAUUGUUAAAUAAGGGUCGCACUAUUGGAAGCAACCGCCCACUGGAUAGGAACCAGUCGUUAGUAAAGCCACGUGGUGGCGCAGCAAAAUUGUUAAAUAAGGGUGGCACUAUUGGAAGCAACCGCCCACUGGAUAGGAACCAGUCGUUAGUAAAGCCACGUGGUGGCGCAGCAAAAUUGUUAAAUAAGGGUGGCACUAUUGGAAGCAACCGCUCACUGGAUAGGAACCAGUCGUUAGUAAAGCCACGUGGUGGCGCAGCAAAAUUGUUAAAUAAGGGUGGCACUAUUGGAAGCAACCGCCCACUGGAUAGGAACCAGUCGUUAGUAAAGCCACGUGGUGGCGCAGCAAAAUUGUUAAAUAAGGGUGGCACUAUUGGAAGCAACCGCCCACUGGAUAGGAACCAGUCGUUAGUAAAGCCACGUGGUGGCGCAGCAAAAUUGUUAAAUAAGGGUGGCACUAUUGGAAGCAACCGCCCACUGGAUAGGAACCAGUCGUUAGUAAAGCCACGUGGUGGCGCAGCAAAAUUGUUAAAUAAGGGUGGCACUAUUGGAAGCAACCGCCCACUGGAUAGGAACCAGUCGUUAGUAAAGCCACGUGGUGGCGCAGCAAAAUUGUUAAAUAAGGGUGGCACUAUUGGAAGCAACCGCCCACUGGAUAGGAACCAGUCGUUAGUAAAGCCACGUGGUGGCGCAGCAAAAUUGUUAAAUAAGGGUGGCACUAUUGGAAGCAACCGCCCACUGGAUAGGAACCAGUCGUUGGUAAAGUCACGUGGUGGCGCAGCAAAAUCGUUAAAUAAGGGUGGCACUAUUGGAAGCAACCGCCCACUGGAUAGGAACCAGUCGUUAGUAAAGCCACGUGGUGGCGCAGCAAAAUUGUUAAAUAAGGGUGGCACUAUUGGAAGCAACCGUCCACUGGAUAGGAACCAGUCGUUAGUAAAGCCACGUGGUGGCGCAGCAAAAUUGUUAAAUGAGGGUGGCACUAUUGGAAGCAACCGCCCACUGGAUAGGAACCAGAACCAGUCGUUAGUAAAGCCACGUGGUGGCGCAGCAAAAUUGUUAAAUAAGGGUGGCACUAUUGGAAGCAACCGCCCACUGGAUAGGAACCAGUCGUUAGUAAAGCCACGUGGUGGCGCAGCAAAAUUGUUAAAUAAGGGUGGCACUAUUGGAAGCAACCGCCCACUGGAUAGGAACAAGUCGUUAGUAAAGUCACGUGGUGGCGCAGCAAAAUUGUUAAAUAAGGGUGGCACUAUUGGAAGCAACCGCCCACUGGAUAGGAACCAGUCGUUAGUAAAGUCACGUAGUGGCGCAGCAAAAUUGUUAAAUAAGGGUGGCACUAUUGGAAGCAACCGCCCACUGGAUAGGAACCAGUCGUUAGUAAAGCCACGUGGUGGCGCAGCAAAAUUGUUAAAUAAGGGUGGCACUAUUGGAAGCAACCGCCCACUGGAUAGGAACCAGUCGUUAGUAAAGCCACGUGGUGGCGCAGCAAAAUUGUUAAAUAAGGGUGGCACUAUUGGAAGCAACCGCCCACUGGAUAGGAACCAGUCGUUAGUAAAGCCACGUGGUGGCGCAGCAAAAUUGUUAAAUAAGGGUGGCACUAUUGGAAGCAACCGCCCAAUGGAUAGGAACCAGUCGUUAGUAGAGCCACGUGGUGGCGCAGCAAAAUUGUUAAAUAAGGGUGGCACUAUUGGAAGCAACCGCCCACUGGAUAGGAACCAGUCGUUAGUAAAGCCACGUGGUGGCGCAGCAAAAUUGUUAAAUAAGGGUGGCACUAUUGGAAGCAACCGCCCACUGGAUAGGAACCAGUCGUUAGUAAAGCCACGUGGUGGCGCAGCAAAAUUGUUAAAUAAGGGUGGCACUAAUGGAAGCAACCGCCCACUGGAUAGGAACCAGUCGUUAGUAAAGCCACGUGGUGGCGCAGCAAAAUUGUUAAAUAAGGGUGGCACUAAUGGAAGCAACCGCCCACUGGAUAGGAACCAGUCGUUAGUAAAGCCACGUGGUGGCGCAGCAAAAUUGUUAAAUAAGGGUGGCACUAUUGGAAGCAACCGCCCACUGGAUAGGAACCAGUCGUUAGUAAAGCCACGUGGUGGCGCAGCAAAAUUGUUAAAUAAGGGUGGCACUAUUGGAAGCAACCGCCCACUGGAUAGGAACAAGUCGUUAGUAAAGUCACGUGGUGGCGCAGCAAAAUUGCUAAAUAAGGGUGGCACUAUUGGAAGCAACCGCCCACUGGAUAGGAACCAGUCGUUAGUAAAGUCACGUGGUGGCGCAGCAAAAUUGUUAAAUAAGGGUGGCACUAUUGGAAGCCACCGCCCACUGGAUAGGAACCAGUCGUUAGUAAAGCCACGUGGUGGCGCAGCAAAAUUGCUAAAUAAGGGUGGCACUAUUGGAAGCAACCGCCCACUGGAUAGGAACCAGUCGUUAGUAAAGCUACGUGGUGGCGCAGCAAAAUUGUUAAAUAAGGGUGGCACUAUUGGUAGCAACCGCCCACUGGAUAGGAACCAGUCGUUAGUAAAGCUACGUGGUGGCGCAGCAAAAUUGUUAAAUAAGGGUGGCACUAUUGGAAUCAACCGCCCACUGGAUAGGAACCAGUCGUUAGUAAAGCCACGUGGUGGCGCAGCAAAAUUGUUAAAUAAGGGUGGCACUAUUGGAAGCAACCGCCCACUGGAUAGGAACCAGUCGUUAGUAAAGCUACGUGGUGGCGCAGCAAAAUUGUUAAAUAAGGGUGGCACUAAUGGAAGCAACCGCCCACUGGAUAGGAACCAGUCGUUAGUAAAGCUACGUGGUGGCGCAGCAAAAUUGUUAAAUAAGGGUGGCACUAUUGGAAGCAACCGCCCACUGGAUAGGAACCAGUCGUUAGUAAAGCCACGUGGUGGCGCAGCAAAAUUGUUAAAUAAGGGUGGCACUAUUGGAAGCAACCGCCCACUGGAUAGGAACCAGUCGUUAGUAAAGCCACGUGGUGCCAAACUCACGACACCCACGGCACGAUAUGGGGCAGUGGAUAUUCUUACACCGCCACUACACGGUUAG